AUGAGCGGGGAGGGUGGGGCCGAUGGCGCCACCUCCGCGGCCGGUUCCGACAAGCAGGAAGGCGGGUCGGACUCGGGGGGGUCCGGUGGUGGUGGAGGGGCUAGCACGAAAGGGGAGCAUGGCGGCUUCCCGUCCGUUACGCUCGACGCCGAUGCGGUCCAGAAGUUCGCCGAGAUCCGCGUCCGGUGGGGCGGCGCGGACGAAAGCUCUGAGCCAACUAUUCUGAUCCGGGGCCUGCAAUCUGCCACAUAUCACAUCGAAGCGGCUGAACCCACGAUGGCGCGUUUGCGGGAGGCGGGGGCAGACGCCACCAUUACCGGCGGCGGGCGCAUCAAGCACAGCAGCAAGAGACGGAGCAUAUUCAUCUAUGGGUACAGCAUGCAGUUUGGCCCGGCGAACCUCCCGCGAGUGGCCGACCUUUGCCGGAAGCAGUUUCCGUCGGACUACGAGGUUACUUGGACCGAAGGCGGUUACUAG